AUGGAGUCACCCAACUUUCUUGCAAAAUACAUCGGCGUCCCCGUGGUGCUGGGACUGGUCUUCAUCCUGUGGAAACUGUCCCAGGUGGGCAAGAGACCCAAGGACCUCCCACCAGGACCACCGACUCUGCCCAUUCUUGGGAACCUUCACCAGAUUCCUUCGGAGAAGGCAUAUCUGCAGUUCCAGAAAUGGGCCGAAGAAUAUGGGCCCGUCUACUCGCUGAUGCUGGGGACCAAGCCGACUGUCGUUUUGUCAUCCGACGUGGCCAUCAAAGAACUCCUGGACAAACGUGGCGGGAUCUACUCUGACCGGCCCGACAUGUACGUCAGUCAAGAUGUGGCCAGCGGAGGCCAUCGACUCGUGGUCAUGAAAUACGGCGAGAGAUGGCGAACCAUCCACCGCCUGAUCCACAACAUCCUCAACAUCAAGGUCGCCGCAAAGUACAUUCCCUACCAGGACCUGGAGAACAAGGUGCUCCUGAAAGGCCUCUUGGACUCGCCCGGGGCGGACGACCUGUUCCAACAUCUCCGGCGGUUCGCCUACUCGCUAUCGACGCAGAUGAUCUUUGGGUAUCGCUGCCCCGAUUUCCGGGACAAGAGACUGAACCAGCUUUUCGACGUUUUUAACGGAUGGAGCGAGGUCUCAGAGAGCGCAUCCUCCCAACUGGCCGACCUCUACCCGAUUCUCCAGAAACUGCCCAACUUUAUGCUCCCCAGUAUCCGCAAGGGGAAGCACGUCCACCAGGUCGGGCGGGAACUGUACACCGAACACUGGCUGAAGGCCAAGCAACAUCUCAAAGACGGAACUGGCUUGCCAUGUAUCUGCAACGACCUCCUCCUGGCGCAAAAAAGCGAGAACCUCUCCGACGAAGCGGUCGGGUACAUCGUGGGAUCCCUCCUCGAGGGCGGCUCCGACACAACAUCCUCGACCAUGUACGGGUUUGUACAGGCUAUGAUGGUCUUCCAAGACGUGCAGAAGAAAGCCCAGGAAGAGAUCGACCGGGUCGUCGGCCCAGAUCGGCUGCCUACUGUCGACGACUACCCCAAUCUGCCGUACAUCCGGUGUUGUGUCAAGGAGACGCUGCGCUGGAUGCCCACGGUGAUCAUGGGGGUGCCGCACUGCGUGACCAAGGACGACGAGUACAACGGGUGGAAGAUCCCCAAGGGCACGACCGUCAUCAAUAACGUUUGGGGCAUCCACAUGGACCCGAAACGCUCACCGGAACCCCGACAAUUCAACCCGGACCGAUACGCGGGGGACACGACGACGCUGUACGAAUCCGCCAACGGCGAGCCGCUCAAGCGCGACAACUUCAACUUCGGCGCCGGCCGCCGCCUGUGCCAGGGCGUGCACAUCGCCGAGCGCUCACUGUACCUAGGCAUGUCGCGGAUCCUGUGGGGGUUCCACCUCCGCAAGGCGCUCGACAGUGCGGGCAACCCGAUCACGCCGGACGUCAACGACCUGGUUGGGGGGAUCACGGUGAAUCCGCGCCCUUACCCGAUCGACAUCGUGCCCAGGAGCCCCGAGCAGACGGCCAUCAUUCGCCAGGCGGUCAAGGAGGCCGAGGAGCUGCUGAAUCCCGUGACGGGCCAGUGGAAGAAGGUGCCCGAGGGGAUGGUGUUUGGGGCGUGGAAGCCGAAUGAGAAGAAAUGA